AUGGCCCCUCGUGGCGCAUUAGUCGCUGACCGGCCUGCUAGGUUCCCUCCGAGGCGACGCGACGUCCCGCGGCUGCGGCGGGCGAGGGGCGCGGGGUGCGGGAGGGGCAGCGGGAGAUGUGCGCAAAAACCGCGGCGGCGACUUGAAAGCGCCCGCCGUCGGCCUCUAAUGACGGUGAUUAAAAUUAAUUUGCACCGCGAGGGGCGCGCCGCCGAAUUAAAUUCUUUAGCCGCCACUCGACAUCCAACUGUCAGCACCCCCUCCCCCACCACCUCCACACCCCGUCACGCUCUACCCACCCACCAUGCUCCCCCCGCGCCCCUCGACGGUUGCAACCCUCACGCGGGAGAUGCGCGCUCGAGCCAACGUGAUAUGUGGUGUACUAUUACUUCA